AAUGACAGGUGUCUGAUCUCGAUUGUUUGAAUAAUAUUUAUGUAUUUGGAUACAAGUCAGACAGAUAUCAAAUGACGUGACUUCCAGCUACCCGACAAUAUGGCAGCUUGUUGUGGUUGCUGCUCAGCUCUGAAGCCGAGAUGGAAACGCCUCGUCGACAACAUAUUUCCUGUUAACCCAGAGGACGGACUUGUCAAAAAUGAAAUGGACAAACUCACAUUUUAUGCUAUAUCUUCACCUGAGAAGCUGGACAGAAUUGGGACUUACUUGGAAAAAAAACUUGCUAGUGACAUUCACCGCAGGAGGAUAGGAUUGAUUUUUGUUGCUAUGGAUGCCCUCGAUCAGCUCCUUGUGUCCUGUCACUCACACUCACUCAAUUUGUUCGUUGAGAGCUUCCUCAAGAUGGUCCAAAAGCUCCUAGAGUUGGAUGAGCCAGAUUUGCAGAUUUUAGCUACUCAGUCGUUUGUAAAAUUCACCAAUAUAGAAGAAGACACGCCAUCCUACCAUAGACGAUAUGACUUCUUUGUGUCCAAGUUCAGUUCAAUGUGCCAUAGUGGUACACCUAAUGAAGAGACUAGGACAAGAAUACAGAGUGCAGGAUUGCGUGGUCUACAAGGGGUUGUGAGGAAAACCGCUAGUGAUGAUCUUCAAGUCAAUAUCUGGGAGGACGUCCACAUGGACAAAAUUGUACCAUCUCUUCUCUAUAACAUGCACAAUAAAAGUUUUAUGUGCCUGGACAUGGACAGUCCUAAAGAUGAGGAACAUCCAGCUUACAUUGCGGAGCAGGUGUUUCGAGACUUAGUGUGUCGGGGAUCCUACGGAAACAUCAGAACUGUCCUACGGCCUGUCCUUAUACAUAUGGACAACCACAAACUCUGGGUACCCAAUGACUUUGCUAAUAAGUGCUUCAAUAUCAUCAUGUAUUCUGUCCAGCAACAAUAUGCCUACCUGGUGAUACAGAUGUUGAUGUCACACCUUGACAAAUGUGUGAACAGUGACCCUGCCAUCAAGACCAGCAUUAUAGAUGUUCUCUUCCACUCCGUUCUCAUUGCUGCUGGUGGUUCACUGGGAAGUGGUCCAUCAGUGCUAGAUGUGUUCAAUACCCUCCUGCGACAUCUGAGGAUCUCGGUGGACAAUAAAAGUCAGGAUGAAAAGUCGAGGGAGAUGGAGAAGAAAUUUGAAGAGGCUAUCAUUAUUGUUAUAGGAGAAUUUGCCAACCAUCUUCCUGAUUACCAGAAGAUAGAGAUAAUGAUGUUUGUCAUGGGCAAGUUUCCACAACUGGACCAAGAAGAAAUAGGAAUAUCUAUUGACAUCCAGCUACAGACGAUGUUGCUUAAAACACUACAAAAGGUAGCAGCCACCUACAAAACAAUAUACAUGUCCAACACUUUCCAUCCGGAGUUUCUGACAGGCUUGCUACAGUUAUCACAGCUGGAUGAUCCAUCCAUGAGGAUAACAGUCCAGGAAAUACUGCAUAGCCUCAUAGAUCGUCAUAACAACACGUCAAAGUUCAAAACCAUUGUUAUUCAGAAAGAUCUAGGCAAGUUGGCGCUAAACGACGCAAAAGUAUCUGGACAAGACAGCUUGUUUAUGAAAAAGAAUAAUGUCCAGUUUUACACUCACAUCAUGGACAACAUACAAAUGGAAAGUAACAAAGUGGAUAACUAUGAGGCGCUCUACUGUACCAUGUGUCUGCUUGCGGUGGAACUAGGUUCCGAGGAAAUCCUUACAGAGAUGCUCCGACUUGGACUAGAUAUACAGCAAGGGGUGCUGUCCCAUAUGAACCUGCCCUUGACACACAAGUGUGCCAUUCAUGGACUUGUAGCUGCCUUCAUUAAUUUAGUAGCCCAGCUUGUAGGCCAAACACCGCUCUGUCAGUAUGUCAAAGAGGUGAUAGAAGUGAGGCGUGAUGAGGCUCCAUAUCUACUUCCAGACUUUGCAUUUAACAGGUCUAAUAGACCCAGCAGCUACUCUCAAAUCGAUAAUAUCCAGCCCAAGUGUCUAUUUGACCAAGCUACUCUGCAACAGUUUCUUGUGGACUGCGGCCAGGAUGCUUCCAGACUGACCACUCCGAUAGCCGUUAAGCCCUUCAGCACACUUGGUGUGAGGAAUGGGGACCUGAACGAUAUUGCUGUAAGUGGAAGUGCCAGUGAUGUAGGCUCCAUCAAUUUGGAUUUAGAUAGUGCAGAAGGCUCCCCAAUAUUCUCCAGGAGAUGGACGGAUGAAGAGAUCACAGUGGAGUAUUUAAAGAAGAUGUUAGCGGAGGACAAUACAGAAAAGAAAGAAGAGGAAGCAAAGAAGAGACAGGAGAUUUACCAAACCUAUCGUACUGCACCGUUUGAGGAGAUCGUGGCUCGCUCUGAACAGAAGUCGUGUAAAUUCCAUAACAAACUGACGGAGAUCCUAGACAUGGUAUCUCGUCCUCCGGAUAGUCCAGAAAGGAUGCGAAAGUCCCUCCAGAUGUCACCAAAGGCUGUGUUUGAUGUGUCCUUUCCAGACUUAUUUGUAUAUUAAUGUGGUUCGUCUUUUGGGAAUUUAUGAGAUUACCUCCCUUUAACGGUAAUAGGAGAAUACUAAGUUGCCUCCCCUUAAUUGUAUUUCACUGACUUUAUAGUUCAGCCUCAAGGAGACUGCCUUAUGUCCUCUAUCCAUUUGAAAGCAGACGAAAGGAGACCAAGUUAUUACCCCUUGUGGUUAAACAAUCUGUUACUUGGGCCACUUUCAUUUAAGCUGAUGUAUUUGUUUGAUGUGCAUUUUGAAUGUAGUAUAUCAGGCAAAAGCCAAAAAUGAAUCUGCCAAUAUAAACACAGGCUUCAGACCAUUGUCAGAAUAAGUAAGAUCACUUGGUUUAUACUUUUUUCUGAUCCAAAUUGUCACUCACAUAAAUGAAACAGAAAUUGAGAAAGUCAAAUUACCACCCCUUUCGUGUUGAUAAUCUAUGUCCCAGGCCUUCAUUUAUGGUUUUAUUUCUGCUGGGUUUUACAUUUGGAAAAUGACAAUUUCUAAAAUGGGCCUGGUGCACACUUUUGGUGAGAUUUCUGCUGAUGUUGCCUAAUUUGAUAUUAAUUGUUCAGGCUGUAUUAGUAGAACUCCAGUAUUUCUCAAAUUUGAAUUCAAUACUCAAACACCAACCCAGUUGUCAAUCCAGACAAGUGUUCCUAUUUAGUGUUUGUAUCUUAGCUAGGAAUAACUCUCUUAUGUCUCUUGUAUCUAACAUAUCAAAUAUUGUUACACCUGACAGAUAUGGUUCACCUGUGUAUCACUAUAUACUCUGUAGUAACGGAAUGUCUCCUGACAUAGACAGCAAACUUCACUUGUUAGGUACAUGUUGUGGUUUUGUGUGUGAUUUUGAUGUCAUUAAGAGAAGUGUUUCAAUCAUUGUGAAGUAUUACUAAAGAGGUCAUUGAAAGCCAUUCUUAAGUUAUGAAAUCAACAUUUUAUCUACACCAAUGGUAUUCAAUUUUGCAUCUUUUAUGCGAUUCCAAAAAAAUCGAACAAAAAACUUGAUGAUUGACAUUAUCAUUAGAAGUUUUGACAAAUGACAAACAUGUCACAUGCUUAAUUGGAUGAUGAAAAAGUUGCAAUGAAUUUGUCGUUAUGAUUUGGAUUGAUCAAUGUAUUACUGAUCACAAGAAAUCACUUCGGGAAUUAAAGUAUCUUUGGUUAGAUAACAUGAGUAUGUAAAGUGCAUUUUUUUUACCCGAUUCUGUCCGUCUUACAAAAAUAUUGAGGAAGUGAAAGAGAGGAUAAUAGCAAAGGGAGGUAAUUUGUGUAAGUCUUCUGGGCAAAAGCCAAGGGACAUACUUGAUCAAGUGUAAGCCCAGCAGUAAAAGUAUGUUUAUUAUAAAAGUUCAGUGAACAGAGCAGAAUAGCUUUCUAAGGGAUCAGUUGAAUUCAUUCUUAAAGGAUUGUAAUAAUUUGAGAUUAUUUUUGCUAUGAAGCAAAAAUGAAUUAAAUAGAAAUAGAUUGUAUUCCUGUUCAUUCUCCAUGAUUACCAGUAGUAAACCUAUUUAUCUAAAUUGUUCUCAAUUAUCAUACUAUGUCAGGUAAUACACACACCCACAUCUAUUGCAGCUGCAGAAGAAACAAAGAGUAAAUGAAGAGAACCUUAUUUCCUAAAUGUCUGAGAUAUUGCUUUUGUCCUAGGGCUUACCAUAGAACAAUAUUAUAUAUAUACAAGGCUGUAAUAAACAAACUCCAUUAGCUUAAUAUUAUGACAGUUUUUCAAAUUGAUUUUGUCAUUAAAUUAUAAAGGACAAAUUAAAUUUAAUAUAGUUGUACAAUAUCAUGAUAAUCCAUUUUAGUCCUAGGAGAGGUUUUUCAUGAGAAUUUAAGAAAACAUUUCAUUACUGAAAUUGUGUUGUUUGAUCAUUCAGAAACCUACACAGUUGUUGGUCAGUAGGCAUAGAGAAUAGUGACCGACUGACUGCCAUGUUUUGAUGUACAAGUGCUAUGCUUUCAGAGAGUAACAAUAAUGUAGAAAAAGUUAUUUUUACAAUGUGGUAAGUUUGUCACUGAGAAUGAAUUAAUUCUAUUCUUUUAUCCAAAGAAAUCUAUUGUAGAUCAUAACAGUUUGCUGUAUUUCAUGUAAGUUGUGGUAGUGUUUAUUUAUUUAGACCCUAGGAUCAAUAUAUGUAUUAAGUACCUCAGUUUUACAAGAUAUAGUGGAAUCUCUCUGUUCCAACUCCACUGUACUUGUGUUACAUGGUACCAUGUGUAAUUUGACUAGUCUGUUGUGUUACAUGUGCCUGAUGAGACAGGUUUCACUGUACUUGUGUUACAUGGUAUCAUGUGUAAUUUGACUAGUCUGUUGUGUUACAUGUGCCUGAUGAGACAGGUUUCACUGUACUUGUGUUACAUAGUACCAUGUGUAAUUUGACUAGUCUGUUGUGUUACAUAUGCCUGAUGAGACAGGUUUCACUGUACUAUCAGUCUGCUACAUUAUCUACAGUAUUUAUUUUUGGACUGCUCUGAUUUUUAAUCUGCAGCAUUUUCAGUCUGAUAAGUAUGAUAAAUUCUACACUAGCAUGCAACCUAUCCAUGCUUUUGUUUUUGCUUAAAUGUUCAUUAUGGGUAGAUGUUUGAUGUAGGUGAUAUUUUGUUUAACAAGCACCAGUAUUCAUUUGAACACAGAGAGAUAUUUCCCUUUGCGAAAUACAGAAAAUUUCAGCAGUUGACACCGUAUAUCCUGGUUUCUAUGUUAUUUGUUUCAUAUUUUUUUGCAUACUUUGUAUGAAUUAAUUUAUUUAUGACAUUUCUGUAUGAAACAUUUAUUUUCAUGUCACAGUAUUUGGAAAAGAAUAUUUGUUGGUAAGAAACUUCUACUUUG